AUGUCCUCCGCCGAAUCCCCCACCUCUGACACCGUCCAGGAGUCGCUCAAGGCCGCCGAGACCAAGGCUGUCAACCAGACCGCUGCUCAGCUUCGCUCCUUCGCCGCUGGCGGUGUCGGUGGUGUUUGCGCGGUUGUUGUCGGCCAUCCCUUCGAUCUGGUUAAGGUCCGACUGCAGACGGCUGAGAAGGGUGUCUACUCUGGUGCAAUCGAUGUGGUCAAGAGGACAAUAGCCCGUGAGGGCUUGAUGCGAGGUCUCUAUGCCGGUGUUUCGGCUCCUCUGGUUGGCGUGACGCCUAUGUUCGCCGUUAGCUUCUGGGGCUACGACCUUGGCAAAACCCUCGUCAGCAGUGUCUCCGAAGUCAAAGUGCAAAACAACACCCCUCAAUACACAAUUGGCCAGAUCUCUGCCGCCGGUUUCUUCUCUGCGAUUCCCAUGACCCUCAUCACAGCCCCCUUUGAGCGCGUAAAAGUGCUCCUCCAGAUUCAAGGCCAGAACCCACCACCCCCCGGCCAGAAGCCCAAGUACUCCGGCGGUGUCGACGUUGUCCGACAGCUGUACAAGGAGGGUGGAAUCCGAAGCGUCUUCCGCGGAAGUGCAAUGACGCUGGCCCGUGACGGACCCGGUUCCGCUGCCUAUUUCGCCGCAUACGAGUACAUCAAGCGCUCGCUGACUCCCAAGGAUGCGGAAGGCAACGUCACCGGUGACCUGUCCUUGCCUGCUGUUCUGGCUGCCGGUGGUGCUGCUGGUAUUGCGAUGUGGAUUCCAGUCUUCCCUGUCGACACGAUCAAGUCCCGGCUGCAGAGUGCGCCCGGUAAACCCACGAUCGGCGGUACCAUUCGCGCGGUUUACGCGAACGGAGGGUUCAAGGCGUUCUUCCCUGGAUUUGGGCCCGCUUUGGCCCGUGCUGUUCCUGCGAACGCUGCUACAUUCGCUGGUGUCGAACUGGCCCAUACGUUCAUGAAGAAGUUCUUCGACUAA